UCGUCGUCACGAGGUCUCUGUAAAGAAGACAGAAAGAAAACAUGGCUGCCACUCUGCAAGCUACAUCUGCACCCCUUCUUGCUUCUAUUUUGGGACGUUGAACCCAAGCUGUCAUGGACAAGCAGAGGAGGCAACUGACUCCAGAGCAAGAUGCCUUGGAGCACAUACUUGCUUGUAGAGACAAACGUUUCCUGGAGGAAAGGUUUAUAGACUCCUUUAAAGGGAGAGGAUUGUUCACCCACAAGGCCAUUGAACCAUCCACAUUUGUUGUUGAAUAUCGGGGGAACAUCUUUUCUCAUAAAGACACAAAACCUACAAAGAAAUGUGGUUAUACUCUAAACAAUUAUUUGUUUGAGUUUGCAUGGGAAGGAGCAUGGUGGUGCGUUGAUGCCUCAAAAGAAGACAGGGCCCUUGGACGAUGCGUGAAUGACGAUCACAUAAGUCCCAACUGUGAAAUGAAGACAAUGGUCUAUGAGGGAGAACCACACUUGUGCCUGUUUGCAGCGACAGAAAUAUCUCCAGGCGAGGAGAUAACUUACAACUACGGGGACUCCUCUUACCCGUGGCGAUCAGAGGUGUCCUUUGAUGGAUCCAGUACUUCAUACUCAGACUUUUAUGCUACUUCAUCAACACCAAGGACUGUAAGGCAUGAGUACUACUGCUCUGAUGAUGAUGACCACGACAAAGAACUACCUGACAGCGGACAAAGACAUGGCAAUGGCGGUUUUGCCGACAUCAACAGUCAAAUGGAUUUCAGGGACAACUCAACUUUUGCAGAUUUAGACUCUUCUAAAGAGAUGUCGGGGACCUUUAUGCUGCAACCAGACGAUGCCUCAUACGCCCAGCAGGGAGGCAAGGCUGCUUCAGGCUCCAGACCCAGCAAGGCUACACCAAACCCCAAAGGCACUUCUCGCACCACUAGAUGUUAUUGUUACAUUUGCGGGAAAGGUGUCAUUAAAUUAUCUCGUCAUCUUUUAAGGCAUGCUGAUGAAGAGCCUGGUAUCGCUGAAGCCUUGGCAUUACCCAGAACCAAGGAACGAAAAAGGUUACUUCUCAAAUUGCGUAACAGGGGAAAUUACCAACAUAAUCAAGACGUGUUGAAGAACAACAGCGGAGAGUUAAAACCGAAGAGGCGACCAAAAACCACGGAGAUCAGUACUAAAACACAUGUGCACUGUCUACAUUGUAAAGGCAUGUUUGGACGUAAGGAGAUGUGGAGGCAUGUGGCCAGAUGUCCUUGUAAGACAACGUCAAACCCUGCAACAGGCGGAAAGAUAAAAGUCUUAAGCGAGAUCGCUCUUGCAGAUUCCCCAUUCUCCGGAAAACUUUCAGCUGGCGUGUGGAAGAUGCUCUUAAAAAUGAAACAAGAUGAUAUUGCAACCACCGUCCAAAAGGACUUCCUUCUAAUGCAGCUGGCGGUGUACCUAUGCGACAAGCAUGAAAAUCAUCCAAGCAAACAUGAAUACAUCAGACAGAGGCUGCGGGAAAUGGGAAGGCUUUUGUUAGCACUGCACAAAAAGUCGAUAUUUAGCGUCAAAGAUGCUAUCAGACCCAAAAACUUCUACAAAGUGGUUGAGGCAGUCAAAGUCGUCACUGGUUUCGAUGAAAAGAUGCAGAGCUACAACAAGCCAAGUCUGGCUUUGAGAUUGGGACAUUCACUGAAGAAAAUGUGCAAAAUCAUCCUCGCCGGAGUUGACGUCAGUGACAAGAUGAUGAGGGACUCAAAGACGUUUGUGAAACUGUGUCAGAGAGAAUGGUCUCAGCUCGUCUCCCACACAGCCCUCGCUUCGCUUCGCGGACGAAAAGUAAGCAAACCGUCCACCAUACCUUUCACACGUGAUGUGCAAGCGUUCUACAGGUACCUAGAAACAACAUCAGCUUCUGCCAUCGAAGGCCUGGAGAAGCAUGAAAACCCACAGGUCUACGAUGACCUUUGCAGAGUGACACUUGCACAAGCGUUUGUCUUAAGCAAAUGCGCAUCCGAGGUCUCAAAAAUGACACUCGAGACAUUCCAGCAGAGAGACGACUCCAUCCAAGUAUUGUCCAAGCACUUCAUCAGGAUAAAUAUUCAGAGCAGGUCUGGCCAAAACGUCGCUGUCUUGCUGACCUCCGAACUUGUCGCCGCAAUAACUCUUCUCGUGAGCAAGAGGAAAGCGUGCGGCGUACACAAAGACAAUCCUUUCUUGUUUGCAAUGCCAAAUUCUUCUCCCACGAGCCUCUUUCACGGAGCAAAUUGCAUCAUGGUCUUUUCUAGUCUCUGUCGCGCAAAGAACCCAGAGCAUUUCAGGUCGGUGCAUCUCCGCAAGCACAUCGCAAGAGUCUUCCAGAUUCUCAACCUGGAGAACGAUGAGCUAGAUCACCUGGCUAAACUGUUGGGCCAUGACAUCCGCGCUGACAGGGACUAUUAUCGGCUACCGGAGGCAGCUGUGGAACUUGCAAAAAUAUCGAAACUUCUCCUGGCAAUGGAAAAGGGCUCCCUUGAAAAAUUCAAAGGAAACUCUCUAGAGGAAAUUGAGAUUGAGGAUGAAUUGGAGCCAGAUGUGGAGCAGGGCAACCCUGAAAACCGCGAUGCUGAGGUGGACAAUGAAGAAUCGGAUCUUUUACUUCCGCAGAGCGAGGCUGCAGAACAACAAGGCGUGCAACUGACUCCUGAGCAAGAUGCCGUGGAGCACAUAACAACUUACAGAGACAAACCCUUCCUGGAGGAAAGGUUUAUAGACCCCUUUAAAGGGAGAGGUGUGUUUACCCAUGAAUCCAUUGAAGCGUCCACCUUUGUUGUUGAGUAUCGGGGGAACAUCUACUCUCUCAAAGAAACCAGGAAAAAGAAGUCCGGCGAUACUCUGAACAAUUAUUUGUUUGACUUCUCCUGGAAUGGAACAAGCUGGCGCAUUGAUGCUGCAAACGAUGACAGGACCCUUGGACGACUCGUGAAUGAUAAUCACAUAAAUCCCAACUGUGAGAUGACGAAAGUCGUCUUUGAGGGAAAACCACACUUGUGCCUGUUUGCAGUGACAGAAAUAUCUCCAGGCGAGGAGAUAACUUACAAUUACGGGGACUCCUCUUACUCGUGGCGCUCAUGGGAAUGCAGUGAGGACCUGAAUGCAUCACAAGGAGACCUGAAUGCCGCUGCAUCUUCACCAGAGCAUGAAACGGUUGAUGAUGAAGACUACGUACCUUCCACGAGUGACAACGACGGGCUGAGCUUUGAGCAACAACCCAUCGACGCCUCGUUCGUCCAGCAGGAGGACGAGUCUGACUACAGCUCUGAUGAUUCUACAUCUGAUGAAGAGUUCAAAGACCCCUCCAUCACCAACAAAAACUACUGUUACGUUUGUGGGGUCGCUCAGUCUAAAAUUUCCCGUCACCUUUAUACCCAUAGAAAGCAAGAGCCUGAUAUAGCUGCGGUGUUGAAGCUACGCAAGAACUCUAAAGAGCGAAAAGAGCUGCAUGAGAUAUUGCGGAACAGAGGAAAUAACAUGCACAAUCAAGAGGUUUUGAAGACUCGCUGCGGAGAACUUAAAGUGAGAAGAAAAAGCUCAAACAUGCUCACCACUGCGAAAACAUUUGCAUCCUGUCUAUAUUGUAAAAACAUGUACAUUCGUAAGGACAUGUGGCGACACAUGCAGAGGUGUCCUGCAAAGAAGCGCCACAAACUUCAAUCGGUGAAGAUUAAAGCCUUAAAUCUGGUUGAUGCUGCGGAGUCAACAGACCCCCAAAACCUCUCGCCACAUGUGAGGAAAAUGUUAAGCACACUGAGGAAAGAUGAGAUUUCAUCCGAGGUCUUGAAUGAUUCCUUUUUACUGCAGCUGGCACAGUGUUUGUACUCCAGGAAGGAAAGAAAUGCACGCAGAAUUCAACUCAUCAAACACAAGCUGAGGCAAAUGGGACGGCUCCUGUUGAGCUUAAAGCAAAUGUCGAUAUGUAGCUUUGAAGACGCUGUGAAACCCGAGAACUUCAGCAAACUUGUCGAAGCCGUGAGAGAGCUCGCUGGCUUCAACGAGGAGACGAAGUCCUAUGAGAAACCAAGCUUCAUUAAGUUUUUGGGGAAUUCGCUCAAGAAAAUUGGCGACAUCAACUUCGCCAGAGCUUGGAAAGGGGACGCCGGCAGCAGGACGAUAGACGAAGCGGAUGCAUUCAUGAAGUUGUGCGCGAAAGAAUGGUGCUAUGUCUAUCCGGUAGUAUCGAAAGACAGCACGCCAACUGUACCGUUCAUCCACGAUGUGCAGCUUUUCUAUCGGUGCAUGGAGAAGACCGCAGCUUCUGCAGUAGAAAGCCUGACGUUGUACGAAAGCCCUCCGGUCUACGCUGCGCUUCUCAGGGUCACUGUUGCGCAAGUGUCCAUCUUGAACAGAAACAUGGCCCAAGUCUCAGAAACAACGCUCAAGUCAUUCAAGGAGCAGGAAGAGGCCGAGCUUCACGAGGACGUGGCCGUAGACCAGCCUCAGUUCGAGCAAAUCCUGUCCAAGACCACAGUGAAGAUCAAAGUCAUGAGCAGCAGAGGCCAAAAAGUUUCCGUUUCGCUGACCCCUAAACUGCUCGCUGCCAUCACUCUGCUCGUGAACAAGAGAGAAGCAUGCGGCGUGCAUGAAAACAACCCCUUCUUAUUCGGGAUCCCGGAUGCCCCGUGCACGAGCUUCUUCUACGGACAGCGGUGCACCGUCACGUUUACAGCUCGUUGCGGCGCGAAGAACAAGGCGAUCCUGCGCUCGCCGUUUUUCCACAAGCACAUUGCAAGAGUUUUCCAGAUUCUCGGGCUCACGAGCAACGAGCUCGAUCAGCUAGCCAAGCUGUUGGGGCGGGACAUUCCGACCGACAGGGAAUAUUAUCAGACACUGGAGGCGGCUGGUGACAUUGCAAGAAUCUCAGAGCUGCUGUCAGCGCUGGAGAAUGGAUCUCUCGAAAGAUUCAAAGGGAAAUCUCUCGAGGAAAUUCAGAUUCCAGAUGAAUUGGAGCCAGCUGUUAAGCAGCACAACCCUGGAAACGGUGAUGCUGAGGAAUCAGAAAGUUCUCAUCUGAUGAGCAGUUCUCCCUCAGCAAAACGUCGCCGAGGCUGGAAAAAGAGGCAGGAGAGUGAAAUCAAGGCAUCUGAGCUGAAUGAUGAUGAGAAAAAUGAAGAAGUGAACACCGAGAGGGACGACGGGUCAGAGCAAAUGCCUCCGAGCUGUGCUGUCAACACACCUGUGGGAACGGUGACUCGUGGCAACGAGGACGCUACAAACAUUUCCUUCAGUGAUGGCGAUGACGACAUGAAUGUGGACUUUGACAUGGACAUGGACACGGAUGAGGACAUUGUCAGAAACCAGGAGAAUGGUGAAGAUGGUGACAGAAGUAGCUCGCCAGCAACGCCUUUGACACCAGAUGUGACAAAGCAGGACAACGACAGCAGUGAUGCUCAGAAGAAGGAGAAGCGCCCCAGUGUUUCAGACCUAGAGACCAUGGACAUCGACACAGCGAACAAUGUGGAGAAAGAAGACCAAAAGAAAGGAGAAAAAAAGAACAAAUUAACAGCUGCAGUGACCGGAAUGAAAGAAGUGAAGAUAUCAAUCCCCAAACUGGACAUUGAAAAGUUUAAGGCUCCAGCCUACAUUUCCCAGUUAUCGUCAGAGUGCAACUCUGUCAGGUCGCCGGUGAAAGAUCGGUCCAUCCAAGACGACAAGAACCAGUGUCAAACAUCCUCAACAUCCACAGACGCCAAAGACAAGCCUAGCUAUGCAAAGGCGACGCAGAUGAACUGCUCCCACUGCAAGAAGAGCAUGAUGAAGGGCCAAACGGCUUACCAGAAGAAGGGAUUCACAGACGUCUUCUGCUCCAAAAACUGCCUUUUCGAAAUGUUUCCCAUCAACAAACCAGUCACCAAGACGUGCUAUCUCUGUUUCAAGGCGAUAUCGCAGCCUCUGGACCUCAUCAUGGCUGCAGUGGACAUUAAGGGGACCAUGAAGGACUUCUGCAGUCCGACCUGCCUGCUAUCCUUUAAGUCCACUGUGUCCACCCAAACACCACAACGGCUCUGCAGCAUGUGCAACAAAGCCUGCACUACCACGUGCCAGUUGACUCUGAACGAGGCCUUCCACACAUUCUGCAGCGACUCCUGCUUGGGUGAUUUCCGUAGGGACAACAUCGCCGUCUGCGAGCACUGCGGCACCACCUUUUGCCACAAACCGCUGAAGCUGAAGCUUGAGGAGGAGGCCAAAACCGUCUGCAGUCAGGAAUGUCUGGAUGAGUUCAAAGAGAGAAUCAAGAUGUCCCACCAGUGCACCAUGUGCCAAACUUCUCUGCCGGUUUCAGACAUGUUUGAUUUCAAAAGCGGCGAGAACAUAGUGGAGCUGUUCUGCACCCGCACCUGUGUGACGUCAUACACGCUGCGGCCCGCGGGUGUAGACGUUCUUCAAGCAGAGAGAGAAAACGCAGAUCGGUCGAAGAAGAAGAUAAGAGCCAUGCCAACAAUACAAAUAGUGUCUGCUGAGGCGAUGAAGAAGAGGAGCACAGCCUCCGCUGCCAACAAAAACGAUGCACCUGCCGACGCCAAGCAGAAGCUCAUCGUAGCGGAGUCGUGGGUUGUCUGUUCUGGCUGUGGGAAGAGAAUGCACAGAGGAGAGACACUUUACCAGACGAAGAGCACACCGGAGGUUUUCUGCUCAGCCGGGUGCCUCUCGGAAAAGCAUCCCAACAUCGCGUCAGUCACCAAAAACUGCUACAACUGCUUCCAGAUGAUCAUGCGGCCUCACAGCAUGAUCCUGGCUCCGGUGGAUGAUUCAGGAACUAUGAAGGAACUGUGCAGCGCCACCUGUCUCGCUUCCGUCAACUCCAAGAGGAACGCGGCCGCCCCCAAACACCCGCCUCCCGCUGCAGGACCUCGUACACACUGCCGGAUGUGCACCAAAUUGUGCAUCUGCAAAUUCAGUCAGACCCUGGACGGCCGCACGCAAAGACUUUGCAGCGACGCCUGCUUCAUCAACUACCACAGGAUCAACAACCUGCUGGUCUCCGCCUGUGACGUCUGCAGCUCCAUCGGCAGCGACGCGCGGUACAGGCUGAAGGCGGAGGACGGCAGCAAGGCCAUCUGCAGCGAAGACUGUCUGGUCAAGUUCAAGGAGAAAAUCGAGACGCCUCGGCUGUGCCCCAUGUGCCAGACGUCGCAGCGGUUGUCAGACAUGGUUGAAAAUAAAAACAGUGAGGGCGUGUUGGACUUCUUCUGUAGCAACAGAUGCAUGCUGGUACACAACGCUCUGUCCUCCACUGUGCCAGAAAGAAACAGCCCAUCACCUGACGAGAAUGACGUUAAAGAGGUGAAGCCAUCACCUGACGAGAAUGACGUUAAAGAGGUAAAGCCAUCACCUGACGAGAAUGACGUCAAAGAGGUGAAGCCAUCACCGGACGAGAAUGACGUCAAAGAGGUGAAGCCAUCACCGGACGAGAAUGACGUCAAAGAGGUGAAGCCAUCACCUGACGAGAAUGACGUCAAAGAGGUGAAGCCAUCUCUACCACAUUUGGACUAUAUAAAAGAAGAACCCAUUGACGAGGAGUACAACCAGAAUCUCCCAUCCUCCAUUUCCACAGAAGCCAUCAAAGAUGAGCCGAAGGCAGGGGAGGAUGUGGCGAAGGAGGACUUGAAGAUCGGCUCAGUCUUCUCCAUGACGGGAGACUCGUCUACGUCCACGUCUCCAGCGCCUGCUGUCGCCCACCUGGAUUUGCUUGCGUCAUGCUCCAACUGCAAACUGGUCCUGAGGGACGGAGAGACCGUUUACCAGAGGAAGGGCCACGCGGACGUCUUCUGCUCCACUCCGUGCCUUUUGAAAUUUUACCAAAUGCAACCAGUUAAGAAGACCUGCUACUUCUGCCUUCAAGUGAUCUCACAGCCUCAGGACGUCAUCCAGGCCCCGGUGGACAACGAGGGGACGAUGAAGGACUUCUGCAGCCAGACCUGCCUGUCCUCCUCCAACUACAAGAGAAUCGUGUCCACCAAAAUCCCCCUCGUGCCAGUCACGUCACAGUCACAAUGCAGCAUGUGCAGCAGAUAUUGCAUUAGCAAACAUGAGGUCAUACAGCAUGACGUCGUCACCAAGAUCUGCAGCGACCCCUGUUUUCUCCGCUUCUGCACCAUGAACAACGUGUCCGUCUGUGAGAACUGUCGCUCCUGCUGCAGCGUGCCUCUCAUGCUCAAGAUGGACGACGGCAGCAAAAAAUUCUGCAAUGCAGAGUGUCUGGCCCAAUUCAAACAGAAAAUCAAAACACUGCAGCCGUGUGCCAUGUGCCACACCUCCCAUUUAAUGUCUUAUAUGUUUGAAAACAAAAACAACGAGGACGUCGUGGAGCUCUUCUGCACCAGCAGCUGUGUGAUGGCAUCCAAGAUCCAGGCCGUCAACGCAUCAGGUGCUCUGUUGGAUUGUGACCAAUGUGGUAAGACCACAUUACCAGCCUGCCACCUCGCCAUGUCCAAUGCCUCCAUCAGAAACUUUUGCACUCUAACUUGUGCCAUGUCUUUUAAGGAGAAGCAGAAAGACAUGAACACAUCCACAAACUCAACAGGAGCCGCUGACCAAAGCCAAUAUGACUUCCUUAAACCAGCGGAGAAGCUGCCAUGCGCCCAGUGUCGGUGCAUUAUUAGAGUUACGCCCAAAGUCAUCCAGAAAAAGGGCAAAAUGAAUUUUGUGUGUGGCCUGGCCUGUUCUCAAGAGUUUAACACGGCCAACAACAUCAUCGGCAAAUGUGAAUAUUGCAAGUAUGAAAGGAUCAUCAGAGACGUCAAGAAGGUCGACGGCAAAGUAUGCUACUUCUGCAGUGACGGCUGCAAGAUACUCUUUCAAGACGAGCUGGGAAAGCAGUGGGGGGAACUCUGUGGCUCGUGUGCUUACUGCUUCUCCAUCUCCAAGACGCUGGUGACGGCGAAGUAUGAAAGCACCAACAGGAAGUUCUGCUCGGAAGACUGCAGCGCAAACUACAAUAUGCUCCUCUGCUGCGUUGCUCAGUGUGACACCUGCGGUCGCAAUCGUAAACUGAGGCAGAGUCUUCCCAUGCUGGGAGAGGUCAAACACUUCUGUGACCGGAAUUGUCUCCUCCAUUUCUGCAAUAAAAAUGUCCAGAUGUUCAACACUGUCUCUUCACCUCCUAGAUCUUCAGGGACAGUUGAGUCCUCCCCCGUCAUCGCUAACGUCAUCUCGCUUGCUAACGCUUUGGCUCGGCAGCCCAGUGCCUCUGACAGCUCUACACAGCACGUCUCUGUUCCUGACCUUCACACAAAGGUCGUUGGACAUGCCAGUGUUCAGACCGUCCCCAGGGAGCUGAAGAACAAAGCCAUGCUCUGCACACCGUUGGUCCACAACAAAGGAGUCUCCUGUACGACACAGACUGUCGACUCAGAGUCACAGACGGACAACUUUGUACCUAAAGUCAUAGUCCUGCCAGUCCCGGUGCCGAUGUACGUUCCUCUGCCUAUGAACAUGUACAGCCAGUACACACUGACGCCCCUGUGCCUGCCUUUACCGCUGCCUGUGCCCGUGUUUCUUCCCAUCCCGACUGUGAGGUCAGCGAAGGAGGAGAUCCAGCCGGACCUGCUGGAGGGAGAGCUCGGUUUCAAGUCUGAGAUGAAGGAAGAUGAGAGGAAGGAGAGAGAGGACGGAGUGGUGACAGAAAAGGGACAAAGACAAGAAAUCCACACUCCAUCGGACCACAGCAGUAACUGUAGCGAUGACUUGGAUACAGAUCAUCAGGCCACUUUCAACGCUCGGGACGACUCUUCCUCUGACACCAGCUUUGGGUCACUCAGCCGACCACACAGCCACCGAAAAACACCUCCAGCUCCUCCUCCUCCUCCUCCUCCUCUGGAGAUGAGAGGGGAUCCCCAGAGCUCACCGGGCCCCGAACCGGCCCCUCCGCCAUCACAACAAACUGCGGGGAAAGUCCACAACAUGAACAAGGGUCGUAAACUGCAGCAGUCAUCCAGAGCAGCUACAGAAGAGACUUGUCAAAGAGAAGAGGUCGUGUCCAGCAAGCACCCGAAACUGAAGAGUCAAUGUGGAAUUGACUCCUGGAAGAGGUGGAUUCAGUGGAGGGAAACACAAACCAACCUCGUUUCUUCUCCAGCUCUGAUGUUAAAGGAAGAUGUUCUUCGCUGCUCUGUGAGCGAGCUAAGCGACAGCCUCUGUUGUUUCAUCACUGAAGUGAAGCAACCCGAUGGAGAGCCCUACUCCCCCGACAGCCUGUUCUACCUCUGCCUCAGCAUUCAACAGUACCUGUUUGAUAACGGCCGUCGGGAGAACAUCUUCAGUGAUCUGACCUACAACAAGUUCGCCACAAAGUUCACCAAGAUCCUGAAGAGUUUCAAUCCCUCUGCGGCAGCCGGCGGUUAUAUCCACUCCCGUGUGGAGGAGGAGUUUCUGUGGGACUGCAAACAGCUGGGGGCGUACUCUCCCCUCGUCCUCCUCAACACUCUGCUCUUCUUCUGCUGCAAGUACUUUGGCUUCACCACGGUGGAGCAGCACCGCCAGUUGUCCUUCGCCCACGUCAUGCGCUGCACCAAAACCACCCCGAACAACACCAAGACCACCUUCCUGCGCUUCUACCCGCCAAUAUCCACAAACGAAGCGGAGACAGAUGCAGACGGAGUUCCUGCUAAGAAGCGCAGGAGAGACGAGAGUAAAGAGGAUUUCCUGGAGAUGAUGGAGAACAUGGAGAACCCUCUCCGCUGUCCGGUCAGACUCUACGAGUUCUACCUCUCCAAGUGCUCGGAGUCGGUGAGGCAGCGCGCCGACUUGUUCUACCUUCACCCGGAUCGCCGCUGCGUUCCCAACAGCCCUCUGUGGUUCUCCCCGACCCCUCUGGACGACGGCACCAUGGAGGCCAUGCUCGUACGAAUUUUGGCCGUCCAAGAGCUGCAGGGGCAAGAUGGAGGAGCUGUGGACCGGCAGACGUCUGGUGACACGCUGUUCAUACCCGAGGAGGAGGAUUCGGAAUGGUGAAGGACUUUUUUUUUUUUUUUUCCUUUUUUUUUGGAGAACUGUGGUUAAUUUGACGAUUUAAAGAUGUAUACAAACUAAAGAGAAAUACAUUCCAUUAAAUAUAAAUAUAGAAAUGAUGUCUCUCAAACCUACAAAAACAGGCUUUUUUUAGUCAAGUCAUCUGCAGGUUAAGAUCAGAAGUUUGAAUGUUUUACCAACUUCUGAAAACUCACAUCCAUGUUUUGGGAUUACUUUAAUCUCUCUGUGGUUUGAACUCGGAUAAGAACAAAGCUGCAUCGUUCUUAAACGGGACAGAUUGACAAUAAGUUCUGGUUAAGUUAAAACAGAACUUGAGCAGCCCUCCUUUUUAAGUGGCUCCACCACAUUGUUUACAACCCUGACACUCUGAGCCAUGUUACAGUGUUUGUGUGGAACUGAUACUGAUGCCUUUCGUCUUUAAAAGAGAAAAGAAGGGAAGGUUUACCCUAUAACGGGACGAUUUUACUGGUUUUCAGGUUUUUGAUUCGUCUCAGUUGAAUGUUGAUGCUCGAGAUUUACUUAUUUUUAUUUUCAAUAAAUGAAAAUAUUGAAAAGUUA